CGUCCAUGGAGUAUGUCUUUCCGUAUUUGUACACAUGUAUGUGUUGCUCUCUGUAUUUGUACACAUUUUCCGGGAGUUGAUCGGCAACUGUGUGAGAGAGAAACCGGCACAAAUCCACAUGGCAGCGGCAGCGGCAGCGGUGGUGGCUUCUCACAAACGGCGGAUACCGUCUACAAAAGAAACGGUGUUGAAGCGUAUGGAAUUGGAAACGAACAUCGAUCAAGCAUCACUUGACAUUCACACCGGGGAAAUCAACAAUUCGCCGGUUUAUUCCAAAACCUGCAUGAAGCUCGCAAGUAGUAUCGAUGAUGUUAUCGCGCUGAAUGCAUCUCCAUCGUCAUUACAUCUGCCCCGGCUUGUUUUCAUUGUUCAAGAGGUUUACAAGCGUAAAACUGAACUGCAGAAACCAUCAUUGAUGAUGCUCAUGCUACCUAUCAAGGCUGCUUGUCAAGUUGGCUGGUUUUCAGAUGCAGAUAAACAUAGUCUCCUUAUGAUAGCAAAGGAGGUAAGCUAUGGGUUCUCUAGUACAGACAAAAUGAAUAUAGAACCAAGUAAUGCACAUUCAUGUGUGUCAAAUAUAGUCUCAAGAUUCUAUCCAACAAUGAAAGUUGAACACAUACUUACUUCAUUUGAUGUUGAGGCUGGAUAUGGAACUUGUGUAGCCGAUUUUCACAUCUCUGUGGGUGCUACACCUCGUCAUUGUCGAAGUGUGUGGCUCUUAGUAGCUCAACUGGACAAUAUGGAGACAGCUGCCUGUAUUACCAGCCCACAAAAUGUGGAGUUAAGGUACCUUUUCCUUCAUAGUUUUCUCAUGAACGGUUAUGAAGUACCAAACAGGACCAAAAGCAACAUGGGAAAGGGCCCACAGCUCCCAUCGGACGUUACUAAAAUGAUAAAGUACGGAGUGAAUCUACUGCAGGUUUUUGGGGACUUUGAUGGACGCUAUAUUAUUGCCUUAGCUUUUAUGAAUUCAGUAUCAUCUUCGGAUUCUUCUCUAUUGCAAGAUUAUCUUCUCCCCAUGUCAGUUGAUUCAGAUUGUGCUAUUAUUGAUAUGUCAUCGCGGAUUUCGCUUUACUGUCCCAUUAGUAAACAACGUAUAAAAACUCCUGUCAAAGGCCAUCUCUGCAAGCAUCCUCAGUGCUUUGAUUACAACCACUUUGUUGAAGUCAAUUCCGCUAUGCCUACAUGGAAAUGCCCUCUCUGUAACAACCCAGUCUGCAAUCAAGAUUUACGCAUCGAUCAAGAUUUUCUCAAGAUCUUGAAUGAGGUGGCGGAGGAUGUUCAUGAUGUAGUUAUAUCAGAAGAUGGUUCAUGGAUGGUUGCUGAAACACAAAGUGAUACAUCGAGUCAUGCAACUUUUACAGCACCUGUAGUCUCUCUUGGUCAAAGUCAAGUCAACGCCUGUGCAAACAAGCAGGCUCAAAGUACAACCGUGUUCACGCCUACUGCAGGCUCUCUUGGUCAAACUCAAGUCAACACCAGUGCAAUAAACCAAGGUCAGAGCAUAUCCAUGUUCACACCACCUGCAGUCUCUCUAGGUCAAACUCAAGUCAACAUCAGUACAACCACGCACGUUAAAAGCAUGACGAUGUUGACAUCACCUGCAGGAUCUUCUGAUCAAAUUCGAGUCAACGUCAGUACAUUAAACCAAGGUCAAAGUACGACGUUCACACCAGCUGCAACUGUAAUAAAACCUGAAGUAUCUCCAGGUGAAACUCAAGUCAGGGGCUGCACAACCACGCAAGCUAAAAGUACAACGAUGUCGACACCAUCUGCAGAAUCUCCUGAUCAAAUUCGAGUCAACGUCAGUACAUCAAACCAAGGUCAAAGUACGACAUUCACACCACCUGCAAUUGUAAUAAAACCUGAAGUCUCUCCCGGUGGAACUCAAGUCAACGUCUAUACAACCACGCAAGUUAAAACUACGACGAUGUUGACACCACCUGAAGGAUCUCCUACUGAUCAAACUCGAGUCAACGUCUGUACAUCAAACCAAGGUCAAAGUACAACAUUUACACCACCUGCAAUUGUAUUAAAACCUGAGGUCUCAUCAGCCCAAACUCAAGUCAACGCCUAUACAACCGCACAGACUCCAAGUACCCCCAUGUUCACACCACCAGCAUCUAAUGAACUCAGAAAAGGAUCGAAACAAGGCAGCAACACCACGCCUGGUGGAUCUCAACCACCGCUAAACAUAAGCCAGGUGUCGGCAACUCAGCUUCUAGAAGCAAGUGGUGGUGCAAUGCCAUCUGGAAGAAUGAGGGGGAGUUUAAGAGGUGAGCAACUUCAGGCUGCUCGACUCCAGUACCUUGCACCACCCCGACAACCGGCUCGAGCCAAUGAACCAUGGUCUAGACCACCAGUACCAAGCCUUCCCUUGCCCUUUAUAGUACCAAACCCACCCACUAAUUCUGAUCAUGCGUGAAAUUCGUGUAAUUUGUGUGACUGAUAUCGGGUGCAUCUUGUAGCUUUAUUGCAUGUAGAUAUAUUGGCUUAAGAAUACUAGACCCUGACCCUGACCCUGACCCUGACCAUGCAAGUGUUUGAAGUUGGUCUUUAUUAUAAUUGAUUGGAAUGGAAUAUAUGACAGAUAACAUUUACGUUAA